CGCCGUCGAACCGUGUCCCCGUGGACAGGUCCGGUUUUUGCCGUGGUCGGAUGUCCGGUCGUCGAGGUCGCGGAUACCUACCCAUUGGCAAUCACGAAAAGUGAAGAAAAUUGCUUGAAAACAAUUGCCCCCCCCCCCCCCCACCUCGAAUCCAGAAUACAUAUCCGAGUGUGUGUGUAUGUUCUAUAUAAUACAGGCAUGAACAGGCGCCGUCCGAAUGCGUGACCGAUCUUAGACCCGCACAGUGAUUAUUAUGGACAGGAUUCAAGGGCUGACGGUUUUGGUGCUAUUGAUCUGGACCGGGGGAGGGUCAUGGUCGGUGUCGAGUUGCCGGAUAUCCGAAUUCGCUUGUCAAUCGACUGGCCGGUGUAUCCGUUUGGACGAAUACUGCGACGGCAAGUACCACUGUGCAGACCGGUCGGACGAACCGCCUUCGUGUACCGCGUGCAACAGGACGUAUUACGGCGACGUGGGAAAAUCGUACAGACUGUCAGUGAAGAAGUUCAAAGACAACGGGCCUUUUUUGUGUCAUUUGAGUUUCACCGCAAGCGGACAGGAAAACGGCGAUUUCAUAGAGUUGGUUUUCGAAGAAUUCCGGCUGGGCAUGUUGGACAACGGCAGGUGCGUUGGCGGUGAAAUGAAAAUUCUGGAGUUGGGCAGGCCGUACGUGGGCGGAUCUUGGUGCGGGUUCAGUCCGUUGGAGGGCAACACGCCGGCAGUGUACUACAGCGAAGCCGGCACGGUGACCAUGACGCUGCGGAUUCCGUACGGAGGACUGUACAGGUCCAUACCGUUCGGGUUCGACCUGCGGUUCAAGUUUCUGAGCGACCGACAGGCGUCCGUCCGGUUGGGCACGGCGCUGGAGCGCAAAGAGCGCGGCGCACCCGUGCCCGGCACGCACUGCAGCAGGAAUUUUUACGAGUGCUAUCGGAAAAAGUGCGCGCUCCAAUCGCCCAACUAUCCCGGAAUGUACCCGAGGAACGUCAGCUGCCACUACACGAUCAGGCAGAAAGUGGUGCCCAAGUGCAAGCACGCAAUGGUCGCCCUCAGCCAGAAGCACAGCGUCCGUAUGCUGCAGUCGGCGCUCAUGUCGCAGGUGUCCAACGAGACGGCCAUCAUCCGAGUGAACGACAUGUGCAAACACGACGCCGACAUGCUGGUGUUCCACGACGGGCCGACCGAGGACGACCCGGUGCUGUUGACGUUCUGCGGCGGCCCCGUGCUGCCUCGGGUCGUGUCCACCGGCCCGGCCAUGCUGGUGGUGUUCAAGUCGUCGGCGUUCGACACGCCCGCCACUUUCUCGUCGCCCGUGCCCGUGUCCGUGUUGCGCAGCUUCGAGCUGGACCUGCAGAUCGCGUUCGUCGACUCGGACUCGCUCGACUAUUCCAGGAGUAGGCCGCCCUGCGAGUUCACCAUCAACGCUUCCAGCACGCUCAAGUCGAAACGGGGCGUGCUCAACAACCCGCAACACUCGAUACCGCCGAACAGCACGUGCACGUACCGGUUCCAAGGGCUGCCGGAAGACCGGGUUUGGUUGUUUUUCGAGAGCUACGGUCACCGGAGCACCAGCAACUUCAUCACGUUCAAACCGUGCCCGACCCGAUUGCGCAUAUGGGACGGGGCGGGCACACUGUUGGGCGACCACUGCGACGCGCCCAGACUGUGCGAACACGUGUCGCCGCUGUCCAACACGACGCGACUGAAACGGCCAUGCUCGCUGGACGAGAGCUACUUGUCGAAAUCGCCCAGCGUCAUCCUGCAAGUACAUUCGGUCCUCGGCACUGUUCUGGAACCGAUCAACUUCAAACUGCAUUACGAGUUCGUGGACAGUAGCGUCUACGACCGGGAGAACGACGACGGGUGCGUGGUUGACUACAACAUCGGCAAAUCCGUCGACAUCGCUGAGCCCAAGAACGUGUUCCUGUACGGCCGGGGCGGUGCCAGGAGCCUGCAAUGUCUGUACAGGUUGCGGGCCGAGCCGGGGUAUCGUAUGCAGGUAGUGAUGAGGAACGCGUCGUUCGGAUCCCGGGAGUGCGCGCAGUCCGCGAAAACGACCGCCGGCAAGUUCUUGUGUCCCGAGGGCGGCGGUCCCAAACUGGCUGUGCGCGAAGUCUACUGGCAGACGAUCAAGCUGGAGAGGGGUUGCUUCUGUCAGAACUUCACCGAGACCGCGUUGGGCACGUCCCAAGUGACGUUCGACGCGUCAUCCGACAACGUUGAAAUCCUCUUCCAGGUGCCCAACUUCGCCGUCACCGAAGACUUCACCGACACGUACUUCAACGUGCACGUCAGGGUGAUGCGGUCGCCGGAAUGCCCUAGAAAACAGUGGGUCCGCGGUUCCGGCGGCGAGAUCGAACUGGUCUAUCCGCUGCAGCUACGCGACGACCUGUACUGCCACGACAAACCGUGGUUGUUGGAAGCCAGACCGGACCACAGCAUGUUCAUUCAGACGUGGGGACACUUCUUGCCGCUCAACACUUCGUUGGUCCAGUGCAAGACCAAAAACCGUGUAUUGCUGUACGAGCUCAGUCCCGUCCGGUUGAUCAAGCACAUUUGCCCGGCCGAAACACGGGACAACCGGCGUAGCGUGCACAUGUUCUCCGACGAGUGGACCAACUACGUGCCGUCCGACCGACAGAAUCCCAGGUUCCUAGUGGAGUUCGUGGCCACGGAACCGGGUUCGAUGGCGUUCAAGUGGCUGGAGGUGUCCAAACCGAAAUCCGCGUCGUCCCCGCUCAACGGCACGGCGUUGGGAUGCGCCCACGGUUGCCCGGAACUGAACGCCUGCAUCAGCUCGACCCUGUGGUGCGACGGCCACAGGAACUGCCCGUCCGGCGUGGACGAGGCCGACCUCAACUGCCAGACGAAAUGGCCCACGUUCCGGGCUGCGUUGGAAACGUACGGCGUGCCCGUCGCCGCGGUUGCGCUUUUCGGGUUGGCGUUCGCCCUGCUGGCGUUCAUCUAUUGCGCCCGCGAGCCCGAGUACAAGGCCUACGAGGAACCCGACCCGGCGACGACCGGCACCGACAACACCCGAUCGUGUUCGACCAUCGCCUCCUGACAACAAAACUCGGUCGACAUCGAAGACAUAGUCGACCGAGAGACUUGUGUUUAAACGGAAAAAAAUGUUUCUUGCUCAACAACGUCUCCUAUUGUUUUGUAUACAUUAUAACGCGCAGAGUUGGUAAAAAACGCAAACCCAAAAACGACCAUUGGGUUUUUUUUUAGUUUAAGCCGAGAAAAUGUUUGGUAUUAACCCGAAAAAAAUCAUUUGUUUUGGGUUUAUAUACUUGUGUACCCCUCGAAAAAAAAAAGCGACUGGGCCGAUUAUUACUUUUUUAAUUUAACUCGGUAGGUAAACCAAGUCAACUCGGUAGGUAAACCAUGUCAACUUGGUUAAGUUAAGCUGUUAAAAAAAAAAAAGGAAAGUUCAUCUACAGUUCAGUUUUAUUUCAAAAGUUCUCUUAUACAAAUUACCAAUUUGUAUUUUUUUUACUAACGCUAAUUUUUCAUUUUUCAAAAGAAUCUUGAUAUUAAUGAUUACACCGUGGUGGAAAAUGUUUUAUCAGAACCCAGUUGGCAGAACAUUUUUGAUAUUUUGAAAAUAUUUUUUUGGCCAGAAAUUAAAUGACUUGCAAUUAUUGUUUUACAAAGUUUUGUUGAAAUAUUUCCAGUACUUUAAUAACAUUUUGUAAGCAAUAUUUGCAAGUCCAAAAAAUUAUUAUGAAAUAUUUAAAUUUGUUUGCCAUAUGGGAAAUGAUCGAAAACCCUAAUUGUACGUUGUUAAAUGGAUGGUUAUCAAGGACAAAGAUUCGACUUUCAAAUAUUUAUGAUAUUAUAAUAGUUACACAACGAUCAUCGGUUUGUGACAAGAAUUAUUAACUUAGCCGAUUUGAAAAAUGACUUUUUAUAUAAAAAAUGCAUUACAUCCUAAUAGUUACUGGCAAUUCCGGGUUAACGGCAACUGCUAACGUGUAGCCAACACGUGAUUAUAUCCAACGUAGGUGCCUUAUAAAAUAAUAUUUUGAUAUACUUAUUUAAUAACUGUUGUGUAUGUGUUUCUAAAUAAUUACCGUUGCGCUUAAAAUGUUCAAAUUUUAUGCAAUUUUUUUUUUUUUAUUAGAGAAACUUACUAAUAGGUUAAAACCGUAAUAUUUUAUCGGCAUCGUUGACGCGUCCAUUUUAUAGUUUAAUAGUGUACUG